GCAAAGUACGCCCAGCCCGCUUGUGUUUAUUACCAUAGUGCCCAACCCUUUCUAUCUCCUUUUUUUUUGUCUUUACAACUCCCCACUCUACCGUUUCCCCAUUUAAACUAAAAAUCAUGUCUUUGCGUCUCGCCACCCCCACUCUUCGCUCGACCGCUCGUCUUGUUGCUCGUCAGCAGCCCAUGGGUCUUGUCAAGAUCCACUCGUCUGUUGUUAACAAGAGCAGCAACGCCGCUACCACCACCCACACGCCCGAUCGUAUGCACGGUUCGUACCACUGGGAUACCGAACGCGCUUUCUCGAUUGCUUUGGUCCCCCUGUUCGCCGGUCAACUCGCCUAUGGCGCUUCGCCCGUCCUUGAUACGCUCUUCGGAAUUGUCCUUCCUGUCCAUCUUCACAUCGGUUUCGGUGCUUGCAUUACCGAUUACUUGAACCCCCGCAAGGCACCUGUUGUCGGCAAGAUCGCCACUGCUGUCCUCUACGCUGCCACUGCUGGCACUUUGGUCGGUUGCUACCAGUUCAACACCAACGAUAUUGGUCUUACUGAAUUGCUUGCUCGCGCUUGGACCGCUUAAAAAAAGCCUAGCGUGUAAAUCCGACGCUAAUUUGGUUUUCGCAAAGACACCAUAUUAUAUAUGCAUAUAUUUUAUUUACACCUACCAGAAAAAAGCAAGAGUGUGCAAAACAAACAAUAAAUGGGA